AUGCUGCUGAGUCCUCUUCGAAAACUUGCCGGUGAAGAACUUGAAUCUUGUUUCCACAUCAUUUUUCGACUUUCAUAUUACAAUGGCAAAUAUAAUUGUGAUAUAGGUCCUUUUAUGGUUGAUAUUAACAACAGAAGAAGCUACUCGAGCCAGGUUUUAGUGGAUCCAUUUGGUGAAGGGCACCCUGCCAAUAAUCAAAUCUAUAAUAAUUCCCGUACAAGAUAUUCAAGCACCCCUUACGCAUCAAUUCUUCAAUCCAGUAGUCUUCAGCACAGGUUCAAAAAAUGGCAGGAUCGAAGAAAGCAUAAACUUACGGCAAGCACAUUCAGUGGGGCUAUUGGUUUUUGGCGUGGCAGGCGAGUCCAGCUCUGGUUAGAGAAACUUGGUGCAAAAGAACCAUUUUCUGGUAACUUGGCCACCUGUUGGAGCAAUGCCAAAGAAGAGGAAGCACUUGAAAGAUAUAAGUUGAUUACAGGAAAUACAGUUUUGUUUCCCAAAUUUCAGGUCUACAGUAAGAACAACUUAGAAGAUGAUUGGCUUGCAGCUUCGCCUGAUGGGCUAGUUGACAGGUAUUAUGGGUUGAAUUCCACAGGAGUGUUAGAAAUAAAGUGUCCAUUUUUUAAUGGACAAAUGAGUAGGGCUUCACCUUGGAAGCGGAUCCCCCUUUACUGUAUUCCACAAGCUCAAGGUUUAAUGGAAAUACUGGACAAGGAUUGGAUGGAGUUCUAUGUUUGGACUCCUAAAGGAAGCAGUCUAUUCAGGUUAUACCGAGAUGAGUUAUAUUGGGAUGCGCUGAAAAUAGCACUUUCUGAUUUCUGGUUUCAUCAUGUCCUGCCAGCGAAGGAGUUGUGCAGUAAAAAUGUGAUAACAGAUCCUCUGAAAGAAUUAAGAUCAUUGAAGCCUGAGCGUAGGCAUGAAUUGUAUAGCUAUAUAGUUUAUGAAAGUAAGCGAAUUGUUGAUAGCUCCCCCUUGCAAAUGCGUGAGAUAAAUGGGCAACUUCAAAACUGA